AUGCCUUCCGACUCUGCCGCUGCGUCUGCCACCUCGCUGCGGGAGCGGCUGUUGUUGAUGGGAGUCGCUACUGCGGAGCCGCGCCCCACCGUGUCUCCCGCGUGCGCCGACAUUCUCCGGGGAACCGACGCGUACGGUCUCUCACUCCUUGCCGCCGUUGCAGCCCCGACAGCUGCCCAACGACGCCCCACCGUGCUGCUAUGGCUAGACGAUGUCGCGAGACGACACUUCCGCUGGCUUCGGAACGACGCAGCAAACUCCGCAACGGCUCGGCGCCUCUUCAGCUGGGCAUCGCGCCAGGUGGAGAAGCUUGGCGCUCUCAGGGCGAGGCGCGAUGCGGCGAGGAAUUUUUCGUUUCACCCCGUCAUCGGCGAGAAGAAUGUGACGGGGCGGCACGGGCCGCGUAUGGCCUACGAGGAUGGCGUGCGGUGGGAGCGGCGGCGCUCGGCUUGGCUGGAGAAGGAGAGGCUGCGGCAGGCGGAGGAGGGGGAGGAGGUGGAGAGGGCGUGCAACCGGCCGUGGCAAAUGUCGCCGGGCACGCGAAGGAUACUGCGGGCACGAGAUACGGCGGGCCGUGUAGACCCGGUGGGCAGCGGUAAGGAGGCGAGCAGGCAGCCGGGCGCAGCCUCCAACAGUGGUGCGCUCACGCACCACUACGCCUCGAGGAACUCCCGGCGCCUCACGAUGGAUUACCCCCCGCUGCUGGAGCGUGUGCGGGACGACGUUGCGGUGCGGCAGCAGCGUGCAGCUCAGCGUGAGGAGUACGCGCGGCGUGAGCCACCUGCGUUGCGGCUUCCACCGCGGCAGCUGGCGGAGCAGGUCAGUCGGCUUUGCCGCCGCGUCGGUGCGGCGCGUGAAUCCGGGUUUGGGGGAGAGGUGACUUUUGCGCCAAGGAUCAACCGAGGGAUCUUCUCACCGCCAAGCAAGCCCCCGGGCUGCACGGUCAUUGUGGCCUCCUCCUUCCAGCAAAAACGGCAGGCGCGGCACGGCGCGGAUGCAGAGGCGCCAUUGAUGCCGCCUGGCCGCGCCGUGCCGGAGACGCAAAAGGCGGGGCCCGCAAUUUCCCCGAUUCAAACUGCGGCCUUCUGCGCGCGGCAGCGGGCGUGGGAGGCGCGUCGCAGGGGGCAUAUUCGUCGUCUCAGCGAAGAGCUCAACGCCCGUCGGGAGGAGGCGCACCUGGCGGAGUGUACGCUUCAUCCCACCGUCAACGCUUCGUCCCCGAGCAAAGUGCUGAACUUGGAGGAGACCCGCUGUCUGUCAAUGCGUGUCCCGUUCGGCGCCCUCGAGCAAAAGUCCCCAACGCACCGAAGGUUGCUCCAUUUCGAAGACAUCAGCGAGCUCUGCUUGCGGCGGUCACGUUUGAAGAAAACCCCGUCGUCAGCGAACGCAUCUCCCUUCCGUGUAGCUAGCAGGAGAAGCGCCUCGCCGCGCGGCAGAGCGGCUCCACGCACAUCCCCACGCGAGGCAAGGAGGUGCCACGCGGAGCUCCACACACCUUGGGUGGAUGCCCAAAAAGGAAGACACCUGUGCAAUGCCGUGGAGACCUCGCCAGCAGCAAGACGGAUUUGCGCGACCCAGCAGGAAGCCGGGGGCGUGCCGUUGGAGCUAGACGGACAGACGCUGUUUGACUUGAGUGUGUGGUGGAGGGAUCUUAUUACGCAGCAGCUGCAGAUCUCGUUUGACGCCGGUGCCCAAGGCGAGGACGGCGCGUUUGACGCCCACCUCUACGAGUGGGCGCUGGAGAGCCCCUUUACACGCACACUGGCUCCCCAAACCGUAGUGGGGGCGCUGCAGGAGCUCCUUUGUCUCAGCGCCGGCGAGCCGAGCGCCAUGGCGCUUGAACGCCGACUUGGUGCGGAAUUUUUGCGGAUUCAAGCGGCAUCACAGAGAGAUAGUGGGGUGACUUUCGCCGAGUUUAUCGGCCUCUACGGCAAGUUGUUGUGCAGAGACUAG